GUCGCGACCCACAGGUUGAGAACCGCUAUCUGUACUUUGGAGGGUCGCCACACCACUUGGUUUCUUUCCAUCUCUCUCCAUCAGGCACAGAGGGACCCUCGGGCACAGACGGGAGCCUGCACCUCACUUCCAGAGCCUGGAAGGUGCAGUGGAUGUCCGCGCAGGCGCGCCCCCCCGCGGCGGCGCGCUCCAGGCGGAAGUGAAGUCCGAGGCCCGGCUGCGCAGCUUGGGCAGGGAGCGCGGGCUGUGGAGAGGCAGGCCAGGCGGAGGCAGCGGGGUCGGCGGAGACGGAGCUUCAAAGUUCAACCCACGCAAAGAAGCAAGCCCCCCGGUGUUUGCCCCUUGCGGAGCCCCUUCGCCAAGCCGGUCCUCCAGACCCAGGACGCCACCAAAGCGCGUUCUCAAAGUCAUGAAUCCUGUUUAUAGUCCUAGUUCUUCUGGGGUUCCCUAUACAAAUGCCAAAGGAAUUGGUUAUCCAGCUGGUUUCCCCAUGAGCUAUGCAGCAGCAGCUCCUGCCUACUCCCCCAGCAUGUACCCUGGAGCAAAUCCUACCUUCCAAACAGGUUACACUCCUGGCACACCUUAUAAAGUGUCCUGUUCCCCCACCAGCGGGGCGGUUCCACCAUAUUCCUCCUCCCCCAACCCAUACCAGACUGCUGUAUACCCUGUGCGAAGUGCCUACCCCCAGCAAAGCCCAUAUGCACAGCAAGGCACAUUCUACACACAGCACCUGUAUGCAGCACCCCCUCACGUCAUCCACCACACCACAGUGGUGCAGCCCAACGGCAUGCCGGCGACAAUGUACCCUGCUCCCAUCCCUCCUCCAAGAGGCAACGGGGUCACCAUGGGUAUGGUGGCUGGGACCACUAUGGCCAUGUCGGCAGGUACCCUGCUUACUGCCCACUCCCCAACUCCUGUUGCCCCCCACCCAGUCACUGUGCCCACGUAUCGGGGUCCAGGAACGCCCACCUACAGCUACGUGCCCCCUCAGUGGUGAUCACCUGCAAAUGUUUGAGGAUGGAGCUGUGCAGUCACAUCCUGGAUAUUCCACAGCUGGUGCUGCAGGCCUUGUGCCUCCAACCAGGACUUUCUCUUCUUAAUGCUCUCGACACUUAGCUAAAUACUACUAUGGUCCGGCCUUGCAGAUCUCAGCACCAUUAGUCUCCAACUAACUAUGGGUUGGUCUUAAAGCAAGUCAUGUUUUGGGGCUGCCUGGCAAUUUUUUUUAGCUAACUGUAAUGAUGAAAAGGGAGUAUUAAUGUAUUCUGAAAUCAUAUCUAGUUGAAUGCAUGUUUAAAAAAACAAACACAAAAACAAAGCUUGCUCAAACUACCUGCAGUGAUUGAUGCAAAACCAUCAUAUGCAAAAUCCAAAGGAAUGGAAAAUAUUUUAUAACUUGUAUGUAUCACUAAUGCAGUGUUGUAAUGUAUGCAGAGUCUUAAAGAUGUAAGUGUUAACGUGAAUUUCUUCAUAGAGCAUCUGAAAUCUCUUAAGUGAUUCUUCAUCCUUUGGGGUUGAUGUAGGUUGCCAGUUGGAAACAUGAAAUUUUAGUUUUUAGCCAUCAGUUUAUUUCAUACUGAUUGCACUGGGAGAGAGUGGUAGGGACUGGGAGAGUAUAGGGUGGGCCACAGCUACUUGGGGUAGCCAGGUUAAUGGGCAUCACUAUCUUUUCAUUUAGGUUUGCAGGGUCAGUUUGAUGUAGACAUUCUUAAAAGAUUAUCAUGAGAGACUAGAGUUGUAUGGCCAGUACAUUUAGGGGCAAUUUGCAGUUUGUCCAUCAGCAAACCAGUUUUCUCUGGAUUGCUAUGUGUUACCAUUACAAAGCUCUUUACAGAUAGAGAUGCUGUUUUCUAUAUCUUUAUUGGAAAAGCCUUAUGUAGAAUUAAGUUAUUUUCCUAGGAUGGAAGAUAUGUGAAAUAAACAGAAAAACUUGGAGGA